UUCACUAGCCUCUGUUUUCAUAGUCCCUCUCUUAAACCUCCUUUCAUUCACCAAAGCAUAUGGAUGUCUCUCCUGGGCUUUCCGUUUCUACUUUAGCUUUAAUUCUACUCUUACUUCCUCCAUUCCCUUCAAUAUUUGUGGAAUCCGCCUCUUUCAGCAAUAUCACAGACAAGGAGGCUCUACUAUCUUUCAAAGCUCUUAUAGCCAGUGAUCCAUCUGAUAUUCUAUUUUCGUGGAACGAUAGCACUACGAUAUGCCAAUGGAGCGGAGUUCGCUGUAACAACAAACGCAGAGUCUCUACCUUGGAUCUAAAAGGUCUCCAGUUGAGUGGUUCCAUUAGUCCUCACAUAGGCAAUCUUUCUGCUCUUCAGUUUCUCUACCUACAAGACAACUAUUUCACUGGGAACCUUCCUGACCAGUUAGGUAAUCUGGCUCACUUGCAAACCCUGAACGCAAGCUCAAACCUCAUUGGGGGCGCCAUCCCUGCAAACAUAAGCAAGUGCUCCAAUCUCAGCACCCUCGACUUAGCUGUGAAUACAAUCUCCGGUAAAAUUCCCACUGAGCUUGGACUGCUUUCCAAGCUUCAAGUCUUGAAACUAGACCAAAAUCUUCUUACAGGAAAUAUCCCACCAUCCAUUGGAAACCUGUCAUCCCUCACCACCCUGAACUUGGGCACCAACACUAUCAGUGGAUCAAUUCCAAGUGACUUAGGCCGCCUUCAAAAUCUUCAGGAAUUACAGAUAUCGAUAAAUAAUCUCACAGGUACUGUGCCAUCAUCUUUGUACAAUGUUUCAUCUCUAGAAACUUUUGCUUUGGCAUCAAAUGAUCUGUAUGGUGAAAUUCCGAGUGAUGUUGGUUUUCGGCUUCCUAAUCUCUUAGUCUUUCACUUCUGCAUUAAUAAGUUCACGGGGCAAUAUCCACCAUCACUGCACAACGUCACCAAGAUCCAGAGCAUUAGAAUGUCUCAUAAUUUUCUUGUUGGGUCUGUGCCUCCUGGGUUAGGCACUCUCCAUGAUCUCACCAUGUAUAACAUCGGUUUCAACCUAUUUGUUUCCUCGGGUAGUAGCGGGCUAGAUCUCAUUACCUCCUUGACCAACAGCUCCAAACUUGAAUUUCUUGCCAUUGAUGAAAACCAUCUAGAAGGCGCGAUCCCAGACUCUAUCGGCAAUCUCUCCACCAGUCUAGCAAAAUUAUAUAUGGGAGGGAAUCGGAUAUACGGUAGCAUUCCGGCAUCCAUUGGAAAGCUUACUGAGUUAACCUUGCUAAAUAUGAGCCACAACUUGAUCUCUGGAGAAAUUCCAGCUGAGAUUGGCCAGCUUAAGGAGCUUAGGAUGUUGAAUUUAGCUGGAAAUAAGCUCUUUGGGAAAAUUCCAGCGGCCUGUGGAAAUUUAAGCAUGCUCAUUGAGCUUGAAUUGUAUGGAAAUGGAUUGGAGGGAACAAUUCCAGCCACAUUCAGUGAGUUCCAGCGGUUACUGUCGUUGGACCUUUCGAGCAACAAGCUCGGUGGGAUCAUACCCAGAGAACUAUUCACCCUCACCAGUCUCAGUUCUCUCAUGAAUCUAUCCAAGAACUCGUUGACAGGGCCCCUGCCAGAUGACAUUGGAGGAUUAGAAAACCUCAUUGCACUGGACCUCUCAAAUAAUUUGCUAUCUGGAAAUAUUUCUGACUCGAUCGGGGACUGCACGAGCAUGCAAGUUCUUUCCAUGUCCAACAACUCUUUCACCGGCCUCAUUCCUAAUGCAAUAGGCAACUUGAAAGGCUUGCAGAGCCUAGACCUUUCCUCCAACCACCUAUCAGGGUCCAUACCGGAAAGUCUGGGAAAACUUCGGUCACUUCAGUUCUUGAACCUCUCUCAGAACAAUCUCCAAGGAGAGAUACCGAACGAAGGCAUCUUCCUAAACCGCUCUGCUGUCCAUCUCGAAGGAAAUGCUAAGCUUUGCAUGUCAUCUUUGUGCCCUCAUUCCUCCAAUCGAAACAUUUCAAAAGCACUUCUUGUCAUAAUUAUUGUGGCUUCAGCUGCUCUUGUGAUAUUCUUCCUUGUGGGUCUGUAUUGGGCGUUCUUUAUCAGAAGAAAACGAAGUGAUCCCAAGGUUGCCACGGCAGGCUCAAUUAAGGCGCAGCACCGAAUGGUCUCUUAUGAGGAGCUCCGUCAGGCGACCGAGAAUUUUGAUCCAAGAAAUCUUAUUGGAACCGGUAGCUUCGGUUCUGUGUACAAAGGCGUCCUGAGAGAUGGAAUGGCAGUUGCAAUCAAGGUACUAAAUCUCGCGACCAGCGGGGCUUGGAAGAGCUUUGUAGCUGAAUGUGAAGCUCUAAGGAAUGUGAGGCACCGCAAUCUUGUGAAGUUGGUAACGUUGUGCUCUAGCUUGGAUUUUGGAAACAAUGACUUCUGGGCUCUGGUGUACGAGUUCAUGGGAAAUGGAAGCCUGGAGGAUUGGAUUAGGGGCAGGAGAAGGCAUGAAGGUGGUGGUGGGCUGAGUGUUAUUGAGAGGUUGUCAAUUGCUACUGAUGUCGCGGGUGCUAUGGACUACUUGCAUAAUGACUGUGAGGCUCAGGUGGUGCACUGUGAUCUUAAGCCAAGCAACGUGCUUUUGGACGAGGAAAUGACUGCAAAGGUGGGGGACUUUGGGCUGGCCAAGUUGCUGGUUCAGAUGCCUGAGGGGCAAGUGUCCACUACAAGCACAAAUGGGCUCAAAGGGUCCAUUGGGUACAUACCACCAGAGUAUGGAUUUGGUGGAAAGCCAUCAACCAAAGGCGAUGUAUACAGUUAUGGCGUCCUUCUCUUGGAACUUCUUACAGCGAAAAGCCCCACUGACGAAAGCUUCGUAGGAGGCAUGAACUUGGAGAAAUGGGUACGGGCUGCCUUCCCGAACCGCACGAUGGAAGCUAUAGAUGCUCAUCUCAUGAUUAAUGUCAUUACCCACGAAGGACAGCAGAUAAGCCCAGAGAAACAAGCCGAGUGCUUGGUCUCGAUGGUCAGUGUCGGACUAUCUUGUGCCACAGAAUCAGCUGAAGCUCGGAUUACCAUGCGUGAUGCUUUUCAUCGAUUGAAGGGUGCUAAAAAAACUUUGCUUAAGCCUGAUGCUGCUAACGAAGCAUAGGUGAUGAAGCACAGAUCGUGAUGCAUCACUGAACGCUAUUCAGUGCUUGAUGCCUGCCAUUAAAAGAUGGAUGGAUGUCAAAGAAAACGAUAUAUAAUGGCGACCAUCAAGCACUGCAUAGCGCUCUGUGAUUCAACUCACACUACGAGGGAUCCUAACUCUAUAUAAUGAUGGCUGCUUCCUACAUCAAGGUGCAAGCUUAAGGGUUUACCUGCUACUAUCAACAAAACUUGUAGGUUUCAUAUGACGAGUGUCACGAGUUAUCAUAUGUGAAAAUCCAUGAAGUGUAAAUAGCCAAGGGUUUGCAAUGGAUUAAAAUAAAUCACUCCAACUAUGUAGAAGUUAUACCUCUAUAACGUGGGCCGUGUUUGUGCCAUCCUAUUGGAAUGUAAAAUUAACGAAUCCUUCAGCUACAUCUGCAUGCUAAGAAUGUUGCCAAGA